AUGGGUGCUGAACGGCCAUGGUCUGAGGAGGGCGAGUCGUUGGGUGUAAAGCAGCGCAUAGGUGGGCGAGAGCGGACGCAGGCGGGGUCGUUUGCACACACCAGACCCACGCGCAAGCCCCCACAAGGCAACUCACACCCGUCUGAGCCUCGAACGUCUCGCGCCCUUGUACAGCCAACCGGUGCACUUGCAUUCACGUCCCUCACCACCACAGCGUGUCGUUCGUUCGCCGCUGCCAUCUUCCCCGCACCCAACGAGACGAGUCCACCAUGGCCACCGUCGUCAGCGGCGCCGCAGCAGGAGGGCGAGCCCUUCGUGAUCAGGGAGCGUGUAGGUCAGCCAGAGCGAAGUAGGCAUGGUUGUUUGCACACAUCAGUGUCCUCCCUCUCUAGUUCGACCACCCCAGCGCGCUCUGCGACCUCGAAGCCCUCGCAAGAACGCACGCGAUGCAUCGUGCCCGCGCCUCGCGGAUCGCUCAUCUCUUCUUGCCUUAUACGAUGA